GGUAAUUAAUGAAUGGGAUGAUGACAAGUCCCAAGCCGCCGACAUAGGCCGAGAACCCGAUGCCCACUCCGCGCACCUCAGUUGGGUACUGCUCAGCGGCAAAUGGGUAGAUGAUGAGGAAGGCGGCAGACUCCGCAAACUUGGCUACCAGAUACAGCACCAGUGUGGCCAUGGAGGCGCCUGUGAGGGAGAGAGGGAAACAGAUUUCCUCAGAAUUGUUUGCAGAGUAACACGCCCCAUUGUUACUCCCCACACCUCACACACCCACAAGAUGGCUGACCCAGAUGUUGUGUCUCCCCAUAAGAAACAAGCUGUUGAAGGAGACUCUAGCCUUGGGUCUGUGGUGGCUAGUCACUAUAACAACAUUGAGGAAAAGGGACUUAGGGAGCGUUCCAAGAGUCGUAUCUUUUACAUGCGCAACUCAAACAACUGGAUUAAGAGUUUCCUCAUAUCAUACUGCCUGAAGCAGAUCCGGGACCGACAGGUGGAUGGAUACCCCAUAUCAGUGCUGGAUCUGGGCUGUGGCAAGGGGGGCGAUCUCCUCAAGUGGCAGAAGGGCAACAUUCAGUAUUUGGUUUGUGCAGACAUAGCAGAGACCUCUGUGGAGCAGUGCAAGGAACGGUACAACCGGACCAAGAACAGAGGCCGCGGGAACUGCUUCAAUGCAGAGUUCAUUGUGGCUGACUGUACCAAGAAAAGGAUCAGGCCACUUAUGGAGAACUCCAAGAGGCAAAUGGAUCUAGUUUCAUGUCAAUUUGCCUUCCACUACUGCUUUGAGAGUCUCCCUCAGGCAGAGACAAUGCUUCGUAAUGUGUCCGAGAACCUCAAGAAAGGAGGAUAUUUUGUGGCCACGAUCCCCAGUGCUUACGAGAUCAUGUCACGGAUGAAGUUAAGUGGUGGCCGGAAAUGUGGCAAUGAGGUGUACACAAUAGAGUUCCCAGAGAGCCGAUCAGAGAACCCACCACUCUUUGGUGAUCGUUACAAUUUCUUCCUGGAGGGAGUUGUUGACUGCCCAGAGUUCCUAGUUCAUCCACCCACUCUACAGAAACUGGCCAAGAAGUGGGGGCUUGAGCUGCUGUGGUGCCGCAAGUUUGACACAGUGUAUCAGGAUGCCCUCAAGGACCCUGAUUCACAGCAUCUUCUUAAUGUCAUGCAGGCACUAGAGCAAUAUCCUAAUAGGGAUGAGCAGGCCACAGCCACUGAGGGAGAGUACAGCCAUGCACAGGAGCACCUGAAUGAGAGGCGAGGGGUGGAUGCCAUCAGGACACUCUCCAAGUCAGAGUGGGAAGCUUUAUGUAUAUACCAGGCCUGGGUCUUCAGAAAGAUUACAUGAACAAACAGUGUAAGUCAUGAUUGUAACAAGUGUGAUUUGAAUGAUAGGAUGGAGACAUGAAGAAGAUUGAUAUGGGACAAGGUUGAAGAGGUUCCUGUGGCGAGGCCAUUGAAUAAGGAUGGAGAGGAGUGGCAUUACAGAUGUGCCUGAACAGCUCAAGGAAGACACAACACAGCACAUGAGUUAUAUCAUAGCAAAUCUUUUAGUUGGUAGGAAGGUGGAGGGCUGCAUGAAGGUUCGAGUAUGUGUGUGUGUGUUAUGUGUUCUUCUGGAAUAGGUGAAAUUGGAGACAGGAAUAAUUACCUCUACAUAUUUGUGCAAAUGAUGAUUUAUAUAAGUUCACCUGUACAAUUUUCAGACAGUAAUGGAAGGAAGUAAAGUUAUUUUCAUAUUGGUC